AUGUCUAUCCUUUGCUUUCAGAUGCGAUUAUUACCAUUGUUACGUCAAACUAUUACCUGUUACUCUAUUCCAAACAAAAUAUCGCCUAUUUUACAUCUUCAAUGUUUAAAAGUAUUAACAAACACAAGUAAUCAAAAUUUUCGACCAUUUUCAAUGACAAUAGUGUUACAAAAGGGAAAGAAUACGGGCGGUGGUGAAUCCUCAUCGAGUGGUGGAAAACCAAAACGUUUGCUAACUGAUAAUGAUUUAUUAAAAUCUGGCAUUGAUUGGUCUAAUUUGAAAAUACAGUUUGAUAAACUUGUGCAAGAAUUAUAUGAACAGUAUAAAAAACAAAUUACACUGAGGACAUCAUCAUUAGCUUUCGAAGAAUUACAAAUAACUUUAGAUGGUAAACAACAUUUAUUAAAAGAAUUAACUCAAAUAAUUCAAAAAUCGCCACAAUUAUUUAUGGUUGAUUUGACUCGUUAUGCACAAUAUAUUCCGAAAAUAAUUGAAUCUAUACACCAUUCGGGUUUAAAUAUUAAUCCACAACAGGAUGGUACAACUAUUUAUUUACCAGUACCAAAAGUAACACGUCAACAUCGUGAAGAAUUAGCUAAAAAUGCUAAAAAAUUAUCUGAUCAAACGAUAAUACGUAUGCGUGAAAUCUAUUCCAAAACACAUCGAAAUUUAAAUAAAAAAAGUGAUGUAAAAAUGAGUAAAGAUUUGUUAUUGGAUUUAGAUGAAAAUUUAAAAUAUAGACUUGAUUCAUAUAUACAACAAGUUGAAAAAAUUAAAAAUGAAAAACAAAAUGAACUUUUAAAUUCAACAUUUUAA